UAGAGAACAUUAAGCAAGUCUGAUGAGUUUCUUAAGAUAGAUCAAGGUCCGGUUUUUGUUCAUUGAAGGUUUAGUGAAUGUCCAGUCUUAAUUUCCAUGAGUGUCCGGUCAGUUUCCAGCCCUAGUUCCAUGAGUGUCCGGUCAGUGUACGGUGCCGGAAGUGUCUGAAGAUGGGCAUGACGUGUCGCAGAGAGCCGGCUGGUCACGUGUCGACCGUGCUGCAGAUCUCCGGGUACUGCCUGUUCUGGGUGGGCGUCUUGUCCAGGUCCUGGAGAUGGGAGAUCGGGUACCUGUACGGCCUGUGGCUCAGGUGUGACCAGGACGCCUGCGUUCACCUGUCUGCUGGAUUACAGUCCUACCUGCUGCUUGUCCGAUGCGGUAUCGCCAUCAGCGUCGUGCUCUUCACGGUCAACAUCAUCUGUCUACUACUGGAGGCCAUCUUGAGGCUGUCUGAUGUCCACGUCAGACAGGUCACUAGGUCAGCCAAUGUCGGCUGUCUGGCCGCAACGUUUGGGGCUAUCCUGGCCGCCUGCUCUCUUGGCCUCUACGGCUGGAACACCGUCAUGUUGAGGGAGAGGUCGCCGGUUCUGCUCUGGGGGUUCGGCGCCACGGGAACCAGCGUCAUCCUCCUCCUGCUGGGCAACAUCCUCAAGGUCAUGGGCCCGGCGUCGUCAUGGCAACGAGACUUCCCCUGCCUCGCCUCCAGGAGGUGCGGCGGGGGGCGUGUGGCGGGGGGUCUGUACUGCUCCACCUCGGCCGACUCGUACCUGACCCAGCGGGGGUCGGUGAACGCCGCGGCCAGCCCGGGGGUAGACAAGCGCGAGCUGGUCCCGUGCUGCCGCCAGGUGUCGCUGCCCUCCUCCCACACCUCCGACACCAACUACCGCCACUACGAGGAGAUCAGCUUCGACGAGAUGCCCGCGCCCCCGCCGGAGAUUUUAUACCAGCCCCCCUGGGGCAACACCCACGAGUACUUCGUGCUUCAAUCGGACUACCAAACGCCCCCGCCCGUCACGCAGUACUCCGUCGCUUCCGUUACCCUCUCUCACCAAACAGGCUCUCAAGCUGUAGGUUCAAAUCCUACCUGGAACGCGAACGUGGAACCUCGAGGCUCGGUAAGAUACGCUGAAGCCCACGUAGCCGGCAAUUUCCGGCACCCGUCCCACAAAACAUUAGACCGGACGUACGAGAGGGCAGCGCUGGUCAACAGCAACAACUACAGAACAAUGCCGUCCAUCGGGGUCUCGUCCAAAUACCAGCACAGGCGACUUCAAGAGGCGUCAGGAUAUACCCAGUACUAGUUUGUGUGAAUACACUAUUUAAACAUUCACAUCGUUCAUUUCAUUUGCUAACUUUUCAUUGGUUAACAACUAAUUUUAAUUUCCACUACUUAAUGCUCUGUUAAAAAUAACCAACCAAAACUGAUAUCGACGAAUCAUUUGGGUUUUUUUUUACCAAUUCUGCUGCAAUGGCCCUCUGUUAAAAUAUAAACAAUACUCGCUGGAACGUUUGCAAUACGUAGCCAUCACGAGUAAUGCGUUUUCGGCUGUUUAAAUUUUCAUCGACCUGCAAAUUUUGGCUACCUAUGGUGCACUGUUAAUAUUUUAUCAAAAUGUGUACAACGAUCACUUGAUUUUGACGUCGACAUUAAAUCGUGAAGAUUUUUUUUUAAACUAAACCGAUCCUGUUUGUGUUUGCUAAAUAAAUAAUUGUUGUCUGUUUCUCGAUCGAAUUCCAAUUACCAUGUUGUGCCAUGUUUGAGUGUCAAAAACAAUUCGAUUUUUGUUCCGUAAAAAUCUUGCCACUUUUUACUUUCUUGUAUACAGAGUAUAGAGAAAGUAUUGUAAUCGUGCAUAAAAAUCAAAUGAAAUUUCGACAAUUUUCGUCGUUUUACACUUCCCUACUUUAUUUUAUACGAAAUAUAAUGAAUGUUUUGUAAUCGCGAAAAAAAUCUUAAUCGAGAUUUUGACAAAUUUUGACGUUUUACAACCUUUUGGUGUCAGAAAAGGUUAGUUUUGCAAACCAGUUCGUAUGCGUGUGUGUCUACAAACACGAUACCUUAGUACCAAUUAUGUUAUGUGGACCAAAUUUCAUGUACAAGUAUUAUAUCAAAUGUAUAGUUUUCUAUCGACUUCUCAGCAAAUUCCGAUAACCGGAAGUGCUACUUACUCUACUUCCGGUCUUUUUAAAGCCGAUAACUCAAGUAUUAUUAAAGUUGGCUAGACAAAAUGUUACAUUUAAGUAGUAAAUUUUAUGCGCAGGUUUCUAUCAACUUUUAACGAUUUCUGCUAAUUGCAAGUGGUAAUUUACUCAAUUUCCGUUAAAACACAAUAACUUGAGAACUGUUCCAGUUACGUUUAAGUAAUUUUAUAUACAAUUAAACGAUCUUAUACUUAGAUCACUUUCAAUUUUCGAGUGACUUCCGAUAUCCGUGUUACCUCUAUUUCUGUUUUCUAAAAAUACUAAAAAACAAAUAACUUGAGUACUGUUUCAGUUAGCUAAACGGAAUUGCAUACGCAUGUACCUGAUCAUAUUCGCUAAUAUCUGUCGAAUUUUUAGUGAUUCCCUUUGAAAUUUCCGCUAUUUCCGAUUUCUUAAAAAAGUAAUGAAUGUUUCCUUUAAGGAGUAGGUUACAGUUAUUCUCUUCUAUUGUAUUUAUACUCAUAUGUUUUCAUUCAUUUGGUGCACAUCUUUUUUUUUGCGUGCGAUUCUUUUAUGUUUAAAAUAAUUAAUUUUGUUUAAAUUAAUAAAAAUCGUUU